AUGGAGAAACGUAAGCCGACCGUGCCGUACCCGCUGCGCCCGGUGCCCCUGGCCCGAGUCCCUCCCGGGGAGGCGUUCGGGGUCCCCGACCGCCAGGACCAAGCGCGCAGUUGGGAGCGCAGACGGCCGUGCCCGCCCCUGCCGCUGGAGGGCGCCGCGGAGCCCGCCUUCCUGCGCCUGCGCAACGAGCGCGAGCGGCGGCGCGUGCGCUGCGUGAACGAGGGCUACGCGCGCCUGCGGGACCGCCUGCCCCGCGAGCUGGCCGCCCGGAGGCUCAGCAAGGUGGAGACGCUGCGCGCCGCCAUCGGCUACAUCCGGGACCUCCAGGAGCUGCUGGAGCGCCACGCGCGCGCCCGGGACAGCCCGGCGGGGGCCGCCCCGCAGCGCAGGGCGGAUUGCAACAGCGACGGCGAGUCCAAGGCCUCCUCGGCGCCCUCGCCCUGCAGCGAGCCCGAGGACGGGGCCAGCUAG